CAUGAGAUCAUGGUCAAGAGCAAGCUCAUAUUUAUCACAAUCCCAACACAUUUAAUACCAUACCAUAACUUCUGACCCGACAGUAUCGGACUGAGCGGACACAAGAAAAAUGAAAACGGAUUUUUUUUACUUUGUACUUUUUCUUUCCAUAUCAUCAGAGCAGGCACUGUGUUUCAUACUUGAUGAAAUUUUUCAUGUACAUGGAUGUGGACAUGAUUCCGACUGUGUUUCUUGGUGCAAAUCGGAAUCAGCGCACUGUUACUUCUUCAGAUGUGUUUGUUCCGACCACCAUGAUAAUUUCCAUCACGAUAUAAAAACAACCACUCCUGUUCAAACAACCAAAGCACAUUUCACUACUACGCCUUUUAAAACUACCCUUAAAACCACCACUACCCAACAACCACUGGUGAAACUAGAAUGCAGUAACCAGAAGAUCAGCGUCAUCGAGUCCAUCGCAGAGAAUCUACACGUAGAGGACAGCAGAGCGGCGCUGUGUCCCGGUACAACCAAACACCAGACGUCCGAGGCUUUCGUUAUGAACAAGUGUAACUCAAAGUCAAGGAGCUCGUGGACACAAGGCCAAACUUCGUUAAAAACCGUGUGUUCAACGAAACAAACUAUUCAACCAUACACUCCAAUUUCAACUUUUUACAAAAGUGAAGAAAAUGUAGCAGGAUUUUUCAUAGCAUGCACAGACGCUGCUGAUGGUAUCAAGGUAGCGGUCCAGAAUUGCAGUGAUCCACCGAAAGUAACGACAAUAACCGAAACAACUUCUCCAAAGAUGUCCGACUUCUUCAUUAUAUACGAACGUCCAUAACGUUUAUUUAAGGAAUAAGAAAUCAUUCGUCCAGCAUUAUGAUGUGAUCAAAUACGACCGUAGGUGAUUAAAUCCAAUAUGAUAGGUUUGAUCACGCCUAACGGUACGCGUUUGAUCACUGGACAUCACUCAAAGAAUGACUCCUUAUUUCUUUUACAUAUAAUUUUCAGCAAUUGUACGAUGAAAUAUUAGUCAUUAAUGAAACAUUUUAUACUGUAUUUAUUACAAAUCGAUUCGUUGUGUUACAUCAGAUACAAUGGAAAAUGUCAAUAUUUAUUCUUCAAAUAUAAAAUAUAUAUAAAAAGUA